AUGAAAACCCACCGUCUCCGGGAACUUUCCUGGUCGGAAUUACCGCCGGAGCUACUUCCUGCCAUCGCAAAACGCCUCGAAGCCAGAACCGAUAUCCUCCAUUUCCGGCGAGUCUGCAAGACAUGGCGAGCUUCAGCUCCUCUCUCUCUCCUCGACUCAAAAACCAUCUUAACCCCUCUUCUCCCUCACAAACUUCCAGAUUCUGAGAAAAAUUACACUAAAUUUUUAGUAGCACACUCUGUUUUUCUAAUAAAAUCUGACGCCAAUCCAAAUCUCCCGCCUUGGUUAUGCACCGCUGAAGAGUUGUUCCCCGGUUCGUUAUGCGUUAGACUGCCUCUUUCUCGCAACAUCGCCGAUUAUAUUGUUAUGCCUAUCGAUUUCCCGUCUGAAUUGGAUUUGUCUAAGUUUCGUGUGUUGGAGUUAGGUAUGUUUUAUAAUUAUAGUUAUGUUGAUAGUAAUAAUACAUCGUUUGGUUUUGAUGUUCGUGUGAUUGAUAAUCCUGUUUUUUAG